AUAGCAGACAACGACGCAUUAGGCUGUCGUCCUGUACAACAACGGUGAAACAUAAGUCUCUGUCCGAGUCCGAGCGAUGUCCAAUCUGUCUCAGAAUGAGAAACUGCUGUACACCAGGUUUUUCCACCAGGUGGACACCGAUGGGAACGGUUACAUCACCCUGGAUGAACUGGCUGCCUUGUGCAAAAAACUCAAGUUCGACAUGACGCGACAACAGAUUGUGGAUCUGUUCAUGUCCAUGGACACAGACGGUAACUUCAAGAUUACAUUGGAUGAAUUCCUGGCUGCCAUGCCAAACAUUCAACAGGAAAAACGCUCGCAUGGCGAGAUGAGACAAGCGUUUGACCAGAUCGACAAGGAUGGCAAUGGUCUUCUGGACGCUGACGAACUAAAGGCCGUGCUGACCAAAUGUGGACGGUCGUUGUCGAUGUCGGAGGUGAACAGUCUCAUUUCCAAAGCUGACGUCAACGGUGACGGGAAGUUGGACUUCGAUGAAUUCGUGACUCUGUUUGGCUAGAGCUACUUGUUCCGGAUAACGAUC